AUGGGUGUACGGUAUAUGAGCAGUAAUGGUAUCAGCCAGGACACUGCACAAACGUCACGAGUGGAAGUAGAUCAUACAAAAGCUGAAGACAACGUUAACGGGCAGCUUUUGCUCGCCCAAACUUCGUUCAGCGUGGCUUUCCCACAACCUCGAAGGCCAAACAGCAGUCAGGCCGGAAACACCAAUGACUCGCCAUCAGCACCGAUAUCAACAUCUGGCAUCGUCGCCGAUGAGAAACGACGUUCUUCCUCGGAUAUUGAUGCAAUUGCCAUUGAGAAGCAAAUCGAGGCUGAACCUCUGGAUUCCAAACUCGCGAUAGAGAAAACUAGGUCGACUGUAGAGUCAACCGCUGUAGAACCUCAAGAUGAGAAGGAUCUCAGGAAACCGAAGCCCUGGUACAGGCGGGACCCAUUUAAAUCGAAGGUACCCCCUCCGGUACCAGAAGUCAGGGUGGUCUCUCCGGAAAGAGACGCGAGUUUUUUCUCGAGACUCUUCUUCUGGUGGAUUAAUGACCUUAUGAUAACUGGGUACAAUCGUCCUUUGGAACUGAACGAUAUUCCACUUCUAGCACCAGAACAUCGAGUUGAAGCAUCAGUUGCUAAAAUCAUGGAGCAAUUCAAAAAGAGAGCUGCUCGUGGGGAUAAAUACCCUCUUUUCAUGUCUCUGAACCACGUCUUCCGUCAUCUAUAUUGGACUGCUGGUCUAUGUCGACUAGUAGCCGACCUUUUGUUGAUCUUAACUCCCCAGAUGCUCCGUUACCUUAUCACAUUCGUCCAAAACUCAUACUUUAGACGCCCCGAACCUCUCGGCAAGGGUGUCGGUUUAGCAAUUGGACUGGUACUCAUGCAAUGGACCGCCAGUGUCUGCAUAAACCAAUUCUUUUACAGAGGCAUGUUAACCGGCGGAAUGUCUAGAGCAUGCCUAAUCAGCAUGAUAUACGAGAAAAGUACUACUAUAUCUGCUCGCGCAAAGGCGGUUGGUAGGCUUGCCGACGCCGACGACUCAAGAGAAUUGUCCGCCAAAGAAAAGGCAAUGUUGGAAAAGGAAGAGAAGAAAAGACUGAAGAGAGCUAAAGGAGGCGCGAAUUUAGACGCCGUAACCGGAUACCCGAAUGGAAAAAUAGUUAAUCUUAUGGGCACGGAUACAUGGCGUGUCGACCAGGCGAGUUCCUGGAGCCAUAUGGUGUGGACCUCGCCUAUCCAGAUAUUUGUUUGUAUAGCUCUUCUUGUCGUCAAUGUUGGGGUUUCCGCCCUAGCCGGCCUGGGCCUACUCUUUGUCCUCGUUCCCUUCAUCGCGUGGGCUAUUUCCACCCUCGCUAAGAGGAGAAAAGCAAUGAACCAUAUCACGGACAAGCGGGUCAGUCUUACGCAGGAAAUCCUUCAAGGUGUUAGAUUUGUCAAGCUGUUCGGUUGGGAAGAGAGUUUCUUGAAGGAAUUGGGAACCCUACGACAUCGGGAGGUCCGGGCUAUCCAGUUCCUGUUGGCUAUCAGAAGUGCGGUUAAUGCUGUGUCUAUGUCUCUUCCGGUCUUUGCAUCCAUCCUUGCAUUCGUCACUUAUUCACUGCUCGAACCUGGUCUCGACCCUGCCAAAAUUUUUGCAUCAGUCACUCUUUUCAAUACCCUUCGUCUUCCACUAAAUUUUUUACCUAUUACUAUCGCAGAAUCAAUUGAUGCCUUCCUCUCUUUGAAGAGGAUACAGACAUAUCUUCUCCAAGAAGAUGAACCAGAAAAGCGAACCAUAAAUCCCGACCAAAAGGAAGCUUUCAUUCUCAAAGACGCUUCUUUUACAUGGGAAACCACGGCUCCAACAAAAAAGGACGAGCGUGGUAAAGAUGGAAAGAAGGCGAAAAAAGAGAAAUUAAAAGGAAAAUCAGAAAGACCUGUUCUUCAACCCGGUGGGCCCUUGUCUGGAGAAAAGGAGCUUCAACCCUUUUCAAUCCAGAACAUUACCCUUGAUAUCUCGAAGCGCGAACUCCUUGCCAUCGUUGGGACCGUCGGUUCUGGAAAAUCCUCCCUCUUGGCGGCCCUCGCAGGUGACAUGCGAAAGACAAGCGGAACAAUAACCCAAGGAGCCAGCAUGGCAUACUGCCCUCAAUCGGCAUGGAUUCAAAAUACCAGCGUAAGGGAAAACAUCCUCUUCGGCCGUCCGUUCGACCCAGUUUGGUAUGAAAAAGUUAUUGGGGCAUGCGCCUUAAAACCAGAUUUUGAACUAUUCCCGAACGGAGAUAUGACAGAGAUCGGAGAGCGUGGUAUCACUAUCAGUGGUGGUCAAAAGCAGCGAAUGAAUAUUGCUCGAGCGAUAUACCAUAAUUCGAAUAUCAUCCUUCUUGAUGAUCCCCUCAGUGCGGUUGAUGCCCACGUCGGACGUCAUAUGUUCAACGAGGCAAUCGGUGGUUUACUGAAAGACAAAUGCUGCGUACUUGUGACCCAUCAGCUGCACGUUCUCAACCGAUGCGACAGAAUCGUCCUGAUGGUAGACGGCAAGAUCAGCGCUGUCGGGACUUUUGACGACCUGAUGGCUACGAAUGAAGAAUUUAAGCAGAUGCUUUCAAUGACAGCCGCCGAAGAAGCCCCAGAGAAGAAAACCGAGGACAAUGAAGAAACAGACCCAUCCGAAGAAAAGAAGAAGAAGUCUAGAAACAAAGGGAAGGCACAGGGCCUCAUGCAACAGGAAGAGAGGGCUUCAAGCAAUGUAGGUUGGGGGGUUUACUAUGCGUAUAUCAAAGCUAGCGGAACAUUCCUUGUGGCACCCAUUAUCAUCAUCUUCCUCUUCCUAUCUCAGGUAGCUAAUAUUAUCGGCACUAUAUGGCUUUCGUGGUGGACGAGUGGUAGAUACCCUCUGUCAAAUGGUUCCUAUAUUGCAGGAUAUGUUGGCCUUGGUGUCGCACAAGCACUAUUCAUGUUCAUUUUCUCCUUAGCACUCACCAUUGCUGGUACCGAAGCUAGUAAGAAUCUCAUGAAGAGGGCCAUGAGAAGAGUAUUGCGAGCUCCAAUGUCAUUCUUCGACACCACACCUCUCGGACGUAUUGUCAAUCGAUUCUCAAAGGAUGUCGACGUCAUGGAUAACUACCUCACAGAUGCCAUGAGGAUGUACCUCUUCACCCUUGCGGCCACGUCUUGUACCUUUAUCAUGAUAAUUUUCGCUAUUGCUCUCGUCCCGCUCGGCGUAUUCUUCAUCUGGGCCGCUAGUUUCUACCGCGCUUCAGCUCGAGAAGUCAAACGUCACGAGGCAGUUCUCCGAUCUGACGUCUUCGCCAGAUUCGGCGAAGCUCUGAAUGGGACGGCCACAAUUAGAGCCUACGGUUUGCAAUCACAGUUCAAAACCGCAGUGAACGAAGCUAUAGACCAAAUGAACACUGCUUAUUUCACGACCUUCGCGAAUCAACGAUGGCUAGGCACGAGAAUUGAUAUUGUUUCCACCGGUCUUGUUCUUACAACAGUCAUCCUAGUGGUAGUAACAAGAUUCAGUACCAACCCCUCAACUUCGGGUCUCGUGCUCAGUUAUAUCCUCGCAGUCUACGGAUUGAUCCAAUUUAUGGUCAGACAGCUGGCAGAAGUCGAAAAUGCCAUGAACUCCACAGAAAGAAUCUACUACUAUGGUACCCAACUACCAGAGGAAUCACCCCUCCGAACAUCAAUCACACCAGCACCAACUUGGCCGGAAAAAGGCGAAAUCGUUUUCGACAACGUAAAAAUGCGGUACCGCGAGGGACUACCACUUGCCCUGCAUGGCUUUAACCUUCAUGUUCAAGGCGGGGAAAGAAUCGGCGUAGUGGGUAGGACUGGUGCCGGCAAAUCCAGUAUAAUGAGCACUUUAUUCCGUCUCGUCGAACUCGCUGAGGGUACCAUCACUGUAGACGGUGUAGAUAUCAGCAAGAUCGGUUUACAAGAUCUUAGAAGCAAAUUAAGCAUUAUUCCACAAGACCCUACACUCUUUCAAGGAACUGUUCGGAGCAAUCUGGACCCAUUCGAAGAGCACACGGAUCUCGAACUUUGGGAUGCUCUGAGACAAAGUUAUCUGGUGCUUCCCGAGGACCAGCAGCUAGGGGCAUCGACAAGUGCCUCUUCAACCGACCAACUAAGUGCACUCCCCGAAAUCAGCGGGAACGAUACCCCACCCGCCGACGGCCAAAUCAAACAACAGCAAAAGAAGAAAGAAAGAAUCACCCUCGACACUCCUGUAAUCGAGGAAGGUCUAAACUUCUCCCUCGGUCAACGACAGCUAAUGGCACUAGCAAGGGCGCUCGUCCGCGGCAGCCGGAUCAUCAUCUGCGACGAAGCCACGAGCAGCGUAGAUGAGGAAACGGACAGAAAGAUUCAGAAGACAAUGGCGGAAGGGUUUGGUUCUAGCACGGUUCUGUGUAUUGCGCAUAGACUCCGGACUAUCAUCACGUACGACCGAGUUGUUGUGCUAGAUAAAGGAAGAAUUGUAGAGGUUGAUACGCCGCUGAAAUUAUGGGAGAGUGGAGGGGUCUUUCGAGGAAUGUGUGAUAAGUCUAAGAUCCGGAGAGAAGACUUCGAUGGGAGUUAUUAA